AGCAUGGCCCUCCUCAUCCCUCACGCAUCACGCCUCUUGCCCUCUCGCAGCGAUGUUCCAUGGCCUGUCGCUGCUGCGAAGAGCCCCUCAUAGCCAUGGUCCUCUCAGCGCCUUGACACAAUCCUCCCUCCGCUUCACCAAACCCAGCCAUGUCCCGCCGCAACUCAUCCGCCGCAUCCAGUCGCAGCAAUUCUCUCCUCUCCUCCCUCCGGACCCGGCCUCCCUACCAAAACCGCGGAUACGCAAGACCAAGCCCCCGUUUCGCCGUCGGAAAUGGGUUCGCCGCCUCUUCUUCUUCUCCGCCACGGUAGGCGUGGUGUACGCCAUCGACACGCAAUUCAACGCUUCGGCCAUAACGCGCUCGUUCCGCACAUUCAAGACCGGCUUGACAGUUGGGAUUGACUAUAAGAUUAACUUCCGCGCACACCCUCCCUUCGCCGAUUCUAUCGAGGCGUUACAUGCUAGAAAUGCGCAGAGGCUGUUCGACCUGCUCGCCGGAAAUGGUGGACUUUACCUCAAGAUUGGCCAGGCCAUAGCUAUGCAAAGCGCUAUCCUGCCUCCCGAAUUCCAGUCAAUGUUUGCCAAGAUGUUCGACGACGCGCCCCAGAACGAAUGGGGCGACGUCGAGAAGGUGAUCAGGGAAGAUUUUGGGAAAAGUCCGGAGGAGCUCUUUGGGGUGUCGUUCUCGGGAGAAGAUGGCAAGGGCGUCAUGGAGAAGAGAGCUCGAGCAUCAGCCAGCGUAGCACAAGUGCACUGGGCAAGACUGGCUGAUGGGAGAGAGGUCGCUAUCAAGAUUCAGAAACGGGAAAUCGCGCGGCAGGUUGGAUGGGAUCUUUGGGCAUACAAAGUGGUCGCCAAGAUAUACACCUGGUGGUUUGAUAUACCUAUGUAUAGUUUUGUUCCCUACAUCACGGACCGAUUAAUGUUGGAGACGGAUUUCGACAACGAGGCGAAUAACGCUGAAAAGAUGAAGGAGCUCGUUGCAGGGGAAAGUCGGUUGCGCGGAAGAGUCUACAUUCCUGAGGUUUACCGUGAGUUAUCCUCCAAAAGAGUCAUGACAGCAGAAUGGAUUGAAGGGGUUCGACUUUGGGACAAGGAGGGCAUGAGUGGAAAGUGGGAAGGUGGUUGGAGACAAGGCAGUCCAGGAAGUGGUGGUGAAAAGCUAUCAGCGCUCCCAAAGGAUACCCCCACUGCUCCAAAUCCCAAUAUCCCACAAGGAUACGAGGCAUCGGCGUCCAACGAGACUCUCAAACCUGACCGCUCAGCCUGGCGCGGGCCCAAAGGGACUGGAGGGCUCGGCGUCUCCCUUAAAACAGUCAUGACGACCAUGGUCGACCUUUUCAGUGCACAAAUGUUCCUAUGGGGAAUCGUUCAUUGCGACCCCCAUCCAGGCAAUAUCUUCGUUCGCCGAUUGCCCAAUGGACAACCAGAGCUUGUGCUUAUUGAUCAUGGCCUCUAUAUCAAUAUGUCGCCGACGUUCCGACAUCAGUAUGCUCGAUUCUGGAAAUCUCUUCUGGCAUUCGAUAACGCAGCAAUUUCGGAAAUUGUCAAAAGCUGGGGCGUCAACAAUCCUGACAUUUUUGCGUCUAUGACCCUAAUGAGACCGUAUACUGGCGGCGACAACUCCACUCUCAACGAGAUUAGGAAUGGACCGCAUGGAAAGGAUGAGCGAGAAAGGCGCUUUCGCGUGCAAGCUAGAGGCCGCGAUGCCAUGAAAGAGAUACUAGGCGACGAAACCAAAUGGCCACGCGAACUAAUCUUCAUCGCCCGAAAUCUCCGUAUAGUCCAAGGAAACAAUCAAUUCCUCGGAUCGCCUGUAAACAGAAUCAAGAUCACUGGAUUGUGGGCAUCAAGAGCACUAGCCGAGUCUAGGGACCUGCAGUGGAGCGAUCGAUGGCGCAACUGGGUGAAGCACCUCACAUUCAGACUCGUAUUACUCGGAAGCGACGUCAUUUUCCUGUGGUCGCGGGUGAAGCAGAUGGUUGGAAGGGGUAAAGGAAUGGAAGAAGAUAUUGAGGAGCGUAUGAAGUUGAUGGCGAAAGACUUUGGCGUCGAACUGAAUCAUGGAGUGUUCGACGGCUGAUUUGAUACUCCGUACUUCGAAGGUUUGCAUUUGAGUUCGACAUAACUUUGUGAAUAGUUCUCAGCUCUUUUUCCCUGAUUAACGCGGUAUGCGCAUGAGCAUGGUGUUGGGGUGAUUCCACUCUAGAUUUCCUCUUAUCCUGGGAUAGAUAAUUGGGACCGCCUGUAUAAACAGUAUAGACCGCAAUUGUAUGAUAUACGAAUAUAGAGAGCCUUUGAGUAUGCCCA